AUGUUGGACAUUGACAUGGAGUCGGUUGGAUCGCGUCCUAACGGAUCGCAUGACUAUGGUCAUGAGCAUCGGGAGCAAGAAGGCAAGAUGAUACCGCAGGUGGCGACAGCAGGAGCGGCAGAGAGUGAUGGAUUUGGUAACCAAAGGAUUCGAAUGUCUGCCAUGGCCGAGCUGAAAGAAUUCUUCGGCCGAGAGAAUAAUGAAGAACGGGCCAGGAACUGGACAAGUAAGGUGAAGUCGGCGUUCCUAAGCGAUCAAGCGCCAGUAGUGGAGAAGUGCUUAGUGUUCAGCGAUCUUCUUACGGGAUUGGCGCGUGACUGGUAUAACCAGCUUAGCCGCUCAACGAAGACUUCGUAG